CAGAACCAUGGUAGAUGAAGAAAUUACAGUGGGCUUUGAUGAUGAGGCGUUGACUAUAAAACAGCUACUUGCUGGAGGGAAGAAGCAGCUACAACUGUUAAUAAUUUGUUGGGAUGCCUGGACUCGGUAAGACUACUUUAGCCACAAAACUGUACAAUGAUCCUUACAUCACACACUACUUUCAUACUCGUGCAUGGACCUAUGCUUCUCAAUUACCCAGAAAAACAGAUAUGUUGUUGGACAUUUUACGUUCUGUUAAUGUCGUCUUUACCGAUGAAAUUGAAAACAUGACCAAUGAGAAGCGAGGCGAAAAGUUGUACAAGCAAUUAAAAGGCAAGAGAUAUCUCAUUGUCAUUGAUGAUUUAUGGGAUAUUGGUACCUGGGUCGAUCUUAAAAUGUGUUUCCCCAAUGACAACAAUGGGAGUAGAGUUAUGUUCACAAGUCGCCUCAAAGAGUUGUCUAUGCAUGCCUCACCUGAUUGCCAUCCUCAUUGUUUGUGUUUUCUCACUGAAGAAGAGAGUUGGGAGUUAUUACAAUGGAAGGUGUUUCAAAAUGAAAGUUGCCCUCCAGAACUGAUUGGAAUUGGGAAGCAAAUAAUGAAAAAAUGUGAAGGGCUUCCACUUGCAAUUGUUGUAAUAGCAGGACUUCUUGCAAAGAACAUCAAGACAAAAGAGUCGUGGAAACAAGUUGCCCAAAGUGUAAGAUCAUACAUUGUUAGUGAGCCAAACCAGUACUUGGACACACUAGCACUGUGUUACAAUCACUUGCCUCGUCACUUGAAACCAUGCUUUCUCUAUUUAGGAGCAUUUCCAGAAGAUCAAGAAAUCACGGUGCAGAGAUUAAUUUGGUUAUGGAUAGCUGAGGGGUUUAUACAAAAAAUUGAGCAGAAAAGUUUGGAGGAAGUAGCGGAGGGUUACUUAAUGGAUCUAAUUCAAAGAAGUCUGGUAAUUGUUGCUCAAAAAAGAUUUGAUGGUCGAAUUAAAGCAUGUCGUAUGCAUGAUUUGUUGCGUGAUUUAUGCUUGACGAAAGCCAGGGAAAUUAAUUUCCUACAGUGGAUUCACAAUUAUGAAGACGCUUCUCCUUCUUCUUCAAGUACUUACGAAACGAAUAACCAAUGCUGCCUGUGCAUCCGUCCUUGCUUCUUACUAAAAUUUGAUCAUGCUCUCUUAGAACCUUAUUCCCCAGCAGUUGUUCAAUCAUUUUUGUGCUUCAGAAAUAAGUUAGAGAUAAAAAUUAGUUAUAACAACAAUUCAUGUGGUGAUGUGUGCCCGUUUAUUUGUUGGACCUUCAAACUUCUUAGAGUGUUGGACAUAUGGUACAUCAAUGCCUUCUUUUCAAGAGAAUUAACACAACUUGUUAAUUUGAGGUAUUUUGCAAUUCAUUUGGAAAGUUCUUAUGAUUUACCGCCAUCAAUAUCCAAUCUCUCUAACCUAGAAACACUUAUUAUUAUUUCUAAAACACGGAUAGAGGUUAUUCUGCCAUGUAAUGUUUGGAAGAUUCCAAAGUUGAGGCAUCUUUAUGCUAAAGGAGGAGCAAAAGUUGAUGUGUCUUUAUGUUCUAAAGAAGCAGCAGUGGAUCACAGCUAUCCCCAUGUAUUAAAAGACCUACGAACCAUCACAAACUUAGAUCCAUGUGGAUUUGUUCAGGAUUUUUUGGCAAGAACUCCUUAUCUUACAAAGCUAGGAAUUUGUGGACGUCUUUUUUCAUAUUUGGGGAAUUUGAUGUUUCCUAAUCUAGAAUUUUUAGGACACCUUGACACUUUGAAGCUAUACUGUAAGUUCUUGUACUCAACCAAUCUCCGAGAGGUCAAGUUUCCUACAAAUGUCGAAAGGCUAACCUUGAAAUGUACAAGUAUAAAGUGGGAGGAGAUAUCAGUCCUUGGGAUGUUGUUACCCAACCUUGAGCUUCUCAAAUUACAAAAUGAUGCUGGCUGGGGAUGCCAAUGGACAACAAUUGAUGGUGGUUUUCCUCGACUCAAAUUCUUGAAACUGAAGAAUCUCAAUGUUAAGCGAUGGAUCACCUGCUCAAGUCACUUUCCAAGCCUUCGACACUUAUCAUUGGAACGUUGUCAAUAUCUCGAGGAAAUACCAUCUAGUUUGGGGGAUAUACUCACUCUGCAGAUGAUUGAGGUAAACGAUUGUCGCUUCACUGUUGUGGAAUCUGUCAGGAAAAUUAAGGAAGAGCAAGAGAGCAUUGGAAAUACGGCAGUGCUACGUAGCUCGAAAUUCUUUGGCUCGAAUUUGGUGUCGUUUUGGAUGAAGAUUGUCUUGCAAUGGCUUCCCUCCCUUGUUCUGAAUGAAACAGAAAUGGUGUUCUCAAAGGUGCUAUCAGAAAAAAUGUUAGAGAUUGCGUGUUUGAUUGUACUAGAACUUGUUAGUUAA